AUGGCGGAGGAUCUUUUACAUCCUUUAGAAAAUAGCAAGACUUUAGAAGAAGUUGGUUUUGGGUAUUUUAAUGACUUAGCUUCUAAAUCAUUUUUUCAACAUUCUGGUUGCGGGAACUUCAACCAACAUUUUGUAAUGCAUGUUCUGGUGCAUGAUUUGGCAACAUGGCUUGGUGGAGAAUUCUAUUUUAGAACAGAAGUACUUGGGAAAGAUACUAAGAUUGCUACCAAGACUCGUCAUUUGUCAUUUUCCAAGUUCAGUGAUCCAAUCUCAGCAAACUUUGAUAUUUUCGGCAGAAUAAAAUGUCUAAGAACAAUCUCGCCAAUCUAUUUAUGGGAUGAUCCAUUCAACAAAGAAAAGGCUUCAUGCUCCAUUUUGUCAAAAUUGAAGUACUUGAGAGUUUUAAAAUUUGGCAACUUUGAAGGUCUUGAUGCAUUUCUUGAUUCAAUAGAUGAACUAAUCCAUUUGCGUUAUUUGGAUCUCUCUUCCACGUCUAUAAAGAUUUUACCCGAGUCAUUAUGUAACUUGUAUAAUCUACAAACGUUAAAGUUGUUCAAUUGUAACAAUCUAACAAGGCUUCCCAAUGACAUGCAAAAUCUUGUAAAUUUGCACAAUCUGGAAAUUUAG